AUGUCCAGCAAGAGCCGCUUGCGGCUGCUGUCGGUUGUGGCAGGUGUGGUUUAUCAGUGGCUGCUCACCUGCGUGGCAGCUUCGCCCGAUCCACGAUGUCCGGAGACAUCCUGCUGUCAGCGUGAUGAUGGAGCUUGCUGGCGCCAUGGCCUUUGGACCAGAGCUUACUGUUGUGCCUUGGGUGGGGCUGCCGACUGCUACCGCUGGGGUGAGGAUUCACCAGGUGGAGAUGUGGCGGUGCACAGCGCCCACUCGGGCGUUCAAUGCCGGCACAUUUGCCAAGCUCAUGAAACCUGUGCUUACUGGACCUACAUCGUGAACGCACCCCAAGUUCCAGAGAAUCUGCGGGGCCGCUGCUUCCUCAAAUCAGAGAGUGCUGUGGCCAACCGCGGGGUGGCGCAUCCUUUCGUGGUCAGUGGGGAGCGGCUUUGCCAGCACUUCGGCGAGGGUCUGUCAUUCGCAGCUGCCCGAGAGCGAAUUGGGCUUCAGACUCCCACUUGGCGGACAUCUGUUGGAGUCACUGAAGGAAGGGCAGCCAUGCUGCCUGGCUCUGGCACUGAACAUUGGUUCAGGGAGGCAGCGAAGGCCUUGGAAGAAGUUGGGUUUGUAGUAAUCCUGGAUGCGAUGCCAGAUGCACAGACAGCUGGGCUCCUUCAGACAGCAAAACAGGUUGCCGAGAAGAUGUUGGCCUUGGACCCCGAGAGGCUAGGGAACCGCGGGCCGCGGCGGUACAGCUUUGGAGGGGCGUCCCGAACGUUGCACCUGAUGCAUAUACCUGGUUGGGAACACCUCCUGGAUAAUGAGCCUGUCAACCGACUUCUUUCUGCCUAUUAUUCGGAUGGAUUCCUGGCCUGUGGCGGUGGGGGCGACUUCGUUUUGGGCGGCACCAGCACGUACCAGUCGCUACACCUGGACGUCGGAGGGCCAGUCCACGGUCUGGAAAAGGCUCCUGCGAUCGGCGUGAACUUUGCGCUGGAAGACAUCAGCUGUGCUGAUGCGCCCAUUCGGGCCGUGCCAUACUCGCACCUCAAUGCCACGGAGCCACCUGACUUGGUGUCCGAGCCACAGGAGAUGAAGGAUGCUUUGCUUUGUCCUUUGCCACGCGGAAGCGCCUUGGUCCGAGAUCUGCGAGUUUGGCAUGGGGGCACUCCCAGCGGAUCCACCCAGACAAGACUUCUACCAAAUGCUGAGUUUGUCAGUUUGCUCUGGGGCAGCCUCACGUGUGGCAGCGGUGAAAUCCUGGACCCAUGCCAGCCGGUCUUGCCACAGGCGGUGCAUGAACGUCUUUCGCCCUUUGCACGUGCGAUCUCCGAGCGCUUGGUGGAUGGCGCGGGAGUCCUGGAGCAGCAUGCAGGCACUGAUGAUUGGCUCAUCCCAGACUUCCGUGGAUACCACCGACACAAGCAGGAAGCGUACUGA